UUGGAGGGCGUCGCUGUGCCCGGAAGUACUACCAGAGUGAGCGCUCAUUCCUUGUACUCAUCCUUCAACUCGGUGCGUUUCACAAAAUAAAAUGAACCACGCCGAAGAUUCCAAAGAGGCGGCUCCACACGUGGUGAAAGAAGAGCUCUUGGCAUCAGGGAGAUGGGUCAAGCUGGAGAAGACAACCUAUGUCGAUCCUGCUGGAAACACCAGAAUCUGGGAGACGGUGAGGAGGACAACCAGGCAAACCAACACAGAUGCUGAUGGUGUUGGCAUCAUCGCCCUGCUAAAGAGGACGCUGCACAAAGACUGCGUGGUGAUGGUCAAGCAGUUUCGUCCUCCCACUGGACACUUCACCCUGGAGUUUCCAGCAGGUUUAAUCGACGAGGGCGAGAGUGCUGAAACGGCCGCGCUGAGGGAGCUGAAAGAGGAAACCGGCUACAAAGGCGAAGUGGUCGGAGUGACGCCAGUGACUUGUUUGGACCCUGGCCUGUCCAACUGCACCACCCAGAUUGUCACGGUCAAUAUUAAUGGAGAUGAAAUGGAGAAUAUCAACCCGACACAGCAGCUUGGUGAUGGAGAAUUCGUGGAAGUCAUCCUUUUACCACUUGAUGAAUUCCAGACAAAAAUAGAUGAGCUAUUGAAAAAAGAAGAAAUCAUAGUGGAUGCCAAGGUUUACAUUUUCGCCAUGGGGAUGGCACAGGCCUUUUUCAAGCCAAGGGAGCUUCCUGUGCUCAAGCAGUGACACGACGCAGGCUGACAUAGCUGUGACUACGUAGGACCAUCUGAAACUUCAUGAUGUGCAACUCUCCAAAUUGACAUUCCAGUUGUUUGGGAUCAUUGUUUGAACAUACACAUACGUAGGAAGUAUGAUCAAGGUCACGUUUUAGGUUUUUGUGUCAUUCCUUAACAUACACUAACAUAGUUACUAAUUGAGUAUAACACUGGAAACAUUACUGGUGAAGACUUUUCAAGGCUUUUAUUCCAACUACAAACGGUGCAUUCAGUGCUGUGUGAUACGCUGACAUGGUUUUAUUUGAAAUAGGAAAACAGUGAUGUCAGCUUAUGUAUUAACAUUUCAUGUCUACUUACUGUAAGAUGAAAAGGAAAAAGUUCACUUUUAAUCUAUCCAUGCUGCCCAGUGAUGAGAAUUUUCUGACCAAUUAAUAAAUGUAUUCCGACCUGUGAUUUUGUUUAUUUACUUUAUAUUAAAUGCUAAAAUACAUUCUCACUAA